UCCACCCCUCCAGCGACAUAUCAUCUUCACAUUCUCGACUCCAGGUAGAAGUCCAAAUGGAGCGAGCUGUCAUCAUGAUGUGCCUGUUUGUCGCUUGCUCGACUGCUCCUGUUCAGGAGAGUGAAAACAACGAGAUCGCGGCGCAUGCCAAUGAGGCCCUGAGGCUGAUGGAGAUGUACAGGCUGUACCAGCAGCAGGGGAUGGUGGCAAACCCUUUCCUUCCUGCAUCUGAGACUCCUGGAGUAGUAGUUGCUGGUGAAGCUCCACCAGCUGAGCCAGCUGAGGCAGCACCUAAGCAGGUGGAUAGUGCACCAGUUCAUACGGCCACUGCCAGUCCUCCUCCGCCUGCUGUUGCAGCGGCUCAGCCGGUUGGCGAUGUAUCAGAGGAAGAGGAGGAUGCCAACCCUGCCUCAAAAGCUGCCGCCCCUGUUGCCCCUUUGAACUCUGAGGAGGCAGAAGAAGCCGAGGACACCGAAGAGGCCGAGGAGGCAGCAGAAGCGCCCGCAGCAAACCCCGCGGCUCCUGCUGAUGUUCCAGCAGCGGUUGAUGCCGCUGCAGAAAUUGCAGCAGUUGAUACGCAGGCAGCUGUGGAGAAGUUGCAGCAGAAGCUGCAGCUCCACCAGCAGCGGAGGCCAACAGUGCUGUAG